AUGGAUCGGUUGUGGAACUUGCGGGCGCGCCUGCAGGAGUGGGAGCGAAAGUUCACACGACAGCACGGACGGCGGCCCGACCAGGUGCGGGCCUUUGCAGGGUGGGGUUGGAGUCUAAGGCCUCCGCCACCGACUGACGUGCUUCUUUCACAGGAGGACGUGGAGGCGGCGCCCGAGGAGACCCGCGCUCUCUACCGCAAGUAUCGUGCCCUGAAGCAGUCUGUGGGCCAGAGGAUUGGCGGGCCCCACAGCCACAACCAGUCGCUCUCAGCUGCAGCCCAGGAGGCUCCAGAGCCUGGAUGCUGGGGAUCCCACCUGAAUCGGUCUGCAACGCAGAGUCCACAGCCUACUCCAGUGCUGAGCCCUCAGGGAUCUGCACAAAACUAUGGGAAGAGACUGAAGGCCAAUCUGAAGGCUACCCUACAGGCUGAGCCAACCCUGGGCUGCAGGCGCCAGCCUCCAGGUAGAUUCUUGUCCAAGAAGCCCACCCUAAAGACACUCAGCCCAGGGAUUCCUCCUACCUCUCCAGAAGAACUCAGUGAUUCACUUACCAAGCCUUCUGAGCCCCCACCAAAGCCAGGCCAAUUCCAGCAGCUUCAGGCAUCCCUGAGUCUGCGGCUGUGCUCCUUGGACCCUGGCUGGCUGCAGCGAUGUCAAAACGGAGCCUUAGAUUUUCUGCCUGCCUCUGAUCCCUGCAAGGCAGAGGAGUCUCAACCUGUGACUGCAGGAGAAUUGCCAGUCCUUGUCUCCAGUACCUGCUCCAAAGCAUCUUCUCAAGACCCAUAUGGUCCAGUGCCACAAGCAGCACAAACCAAUGCAGGGAGUUUCCAACUCUGCAACCAUAGAAGCAAGAAGCAAAAGUGGACUAAGGAGAAGGGCAGCAGUCCUAUGCAGGCUCAGCAGGACUACAGCCAAGCAAGACUCCUGUCUGAGGGGGCUGGGGCUACAGCUCUUAAGGACCCAACAAGGGGUGCUGUACAAGUUCAGACACCUCAGCUCUACAGUGGCACUUCAAGCCCAGCUGAGGCAGGAAAAGCUGAGAGCACACCCCACCUCCACACCAGCCCUCGGACAGCCAUCCGGGAUAAGGGUAACUACGUUCGGCUCAACAUGAAGCAAAGACGCUAUGUGCGGGGUGGGGCCCUUCGAGGCAGGCUCCUCCGAAAGCAGGUAUGGAAGCAGAAGUGGCAGAAGAAAAGAGAGCAUUUUGGGGGCGGUAGGCCGAGAGCCAUAGUUGAGAAGUCUCAUUUCCAAUCUGAGCAGUUUGGCUACUGGAAAUCCCAGUGCCCUCAGCUAGGAUCCACACCACAGAAGGAGGGUGGUGACGACAAAGAUGAUGUUCAAUCCUCUCCCACUUUGAAGGAAGUAACCCAGAGGAUAGAUGCUGCUUGCUGCUACCUCCCUGGAAAGGACCCAGAGCCUACUGGACCUGAGCUACAGGCACCGAACACAGUGCCCUCAGUGCUACCUCUCUACCCACUAGGGCCCUCAGGGCAGGUAGCAGAGACACCUGCUGAGGUGUUCCAGGCCCUUGAGCAGCUUGGGCACAAAGCUUUCCGCCCUGGGCAGGAGCGCACAAUCAUGCGGAUCCUGUCCGGCAUCUCCACAUUGCUGGUGCUGCCCACAGGCGCUGGCAAGUCCCUGUGCUACCAGCUGCCUGCACUGCUGUAUGCCCGGCGUAGCCCCUGUCUCACACUGGUCAUCUCUCCCCUCCUGUCUCUCAUGGAUGAUCAGUUAUCCCACCUGUCCCCAUCUCUCAAGGCUGCCUGCCUCCAUUCAGGCAUGACCAGGAAGCAGCGGGACUCUGUCCUGCAGAAGGUGCAGGCAGCUCAGGUGCAUGUGCUGAUGCUGUCCCCUGAAGCAUUGGUUAGGGCUGGUUCUGGGGGUCCUGGUGGCCUCCUUCAAGCUGCCCGGCUGCCUCCAGUGGCCUUUGCCUGCAUUGACGAGGCCCAUUGCCUUUCUACAUGGUCGCACAACUUCCGGCCCUGCUACCUGCGCAUCUGCAAAGUGCUUCGGGAACGUAUGGGCGUGCACUGCUUCCUGGGCCUCACAGCCACAGCCACACAUAGUACUGCCCGUGAUGUGGCCCACCACCUGGGAAUAACCGAGGAACUGAGUCCUAGAAAGGGAUCUGUCAUCCCUGCCAACUUGCACCUGUCUGUGUCCAUGGAUAGAAAUCCAGACCAGGUAGGUUCCACACCAGGGGCCAAGAUGAGGAUACCCUACCACACACACACACACACACACACACACACACACACACCCUACGAGACACACACACACACACAGAGCAGGGGCCAAGAUGAGGAUACCCUACCACACACACACACACACACACACACACACACACACACACACACACACACAGAGCCUGAGCCAACAGCUGUUCCUUGCCAGGCUCUGGUGACACUGCUGCAGGGUGACCGGUUCCGUAGUCUGGAUUCUGUCAUCGUUUAUUGUAACCGACGUGAGGACACACUCAGGGUCGCUGCACUUCUCCGAACCUGCCUACCUACAGUGCAGGAUCCAAAGGCCAGAGGUCGUGUCCCCAGAGCUGUGGCUGAAGCUUACCAUGCUGGCAUGUGCAGCCAGGAGCGGCAGCGAGUGCAGCAGGCCUUCAUGAAGGGCCAACUACGGGUGGUGGUAGCCACAGUGGCCUUUGGGAUGGGACUAGACCGACUAGAUGUGCGGGCCGUGCUGCACCUGGGGCUGCCCCCAAGCUUCGAGAACUACAUCCAGGGUGUGGGCCGUGCUGGGCGCGAUGGGCAGCCUGCCCACUGCCACCUCUUUCUUCAGCCCCAGGGUGAGGACCUUCGAGAGCUGCGCAGACAUGUGUAUGCAGAUGGUGCUGACUUCCUGACCAUGAAGAAGCUGAUGCAGUGUGUGUUCCCGCCCUGCACCUGCACCCGGCAGGAAGGAGGCAACAGUGGGGUGAGGUCUGCAGUUGAGCCCCCACCUCAGGAGGCCAAGCAACAUGGUGGCUGCCCAGCAGCCUUUGGACAGGGCCGGGCCUGCCGAGGACAUGAGCGAGCACUCCCAAUCCAGCCAAUAGUGCAGGCCCUGGACAUGCCAGAAGAGGCCAUUGAGACUCUGCUGUGCUACCUGGAGCUUCACCCACAGCACUGUCUUGAGCUGCUGCCACCUACCUAUACCCACUGUCGUCUGUACUGCCCUGGGGGCACUGACCAGCUCCAGGCCCUGGCCCAAAGGUGUCCACCUAUAGCUGCAUGCUGUGCCCGGUGGCCACCUAAGAACACAAGGCAGGGCAGCUGCUCCAUGGAGUUCAAUGUGGUGGAGCUGGUGGACUCGAUGGGCUGGGAGCUGCCCCCUGUGCAGCAGGCUCUCUACCAGCUGCAGUGGGACCAAGAGCCUAGAACAGGUGUGCUAAGGAGUACUGGAGUGUUGGUGGAGUUUGGGGAACUGGCCUUCCACCUGCGCAGUCCUGGGGACUUGACAGCUGAGGAGAGAGACCAGGUCUGUGACUUUCUGUACAGCUGUGUGCAAACCCGAGAGCGCAAGGCCCUGGCCCAUCUGCGUCACAUGUUCCAGGCUUUUCACAGUGUGGCCUUUCCCAGCUGUGGGCCCUGUCUAGAGCAGCAUGACAAGGAGCGCAGUGCACAGCUGAAAGCCUUGCUCAGCCAAUACUUUGAGGAGGAGGAAGAGGAAGAAGAAGAGGAAGAGGGGGAUGUGAAGAACAAGCAGAGCCCAGAGCCUGGGCAGGCCCAGCUCCAGGACUGGGAGGACCAGGUCCGCCAUGACAUCCGCCAGCUUCUGUCCCUGUGGCCAGAGGAGAGGUUCUCAGGCAGGGCUGUUGCCCGAAUCUUCCAUGGCAUUGGAAGCCCCUGUUAUCCAGCCCAGGUAUAUGGACAAGACCGGCGCUUUUGGAGAAAGUACCUGCAUCUGAACUUCCAUGCCCUGAUGCGCCUGGCCACAGAGGAGCUCCUGUUGGCAGGGCCAUGACCACCCUCCUCGGAAGGUGCUUCUCCACAGAGACACUAGGCUGGGCCGUACAGUCAUAGUGGUCCAACAGUGACUGACCACUCAGCAAAGCCCGAAGCAACCAUGCAGAAACAAGGAAGCUAUACAUGCAGAAUAAAUGUGUUCAAGUUGU